ACAAACCCAUACACACAGUCAGCUCGCCAUUACGGUCCAAGCCUCCAAGAGGAAGAAGAGCUCAAAUUAAGCCGUGAGCUGUUUAUAUAUCCAUGGCGCUCGGAGACGACUCGCCGGCUUCCUACAUCCGCAUGGUGCACCACCUGAUCGAGAAGUGCAUGACGUUCGGUAUGAACAUGGAGGAGUGCAUGGAGGCGCUCUCCAAGCGCGCCGACGUGCAGCCCGUCGUCACGUCUACGGUGUGGAAGGAGCUGGAGAAGGAGAACAGGGACUUCUUCGACAGGUACAAGCAGCUGAGAGCGGAGAGGGACGGCCGAAGCAGCAGCAGCAGCUCCUAGUUAGUUAGCUCUACAGGAGAUGCGCGCUGCUCUUCUGCUUAAUUAGAUGUUAGAGUCUGCACUUGGAAGAAAUAAUAGUUAAGGGAUGGAGAGGUCAGCAGCAGCCUAUCUGAUUCUGAUCUAUGUAUGGUGGUGGUGCAUGUACAGGGUCGGGAAAAAGGCCAUCUUCUACCAUGGCGUUAUUCUUCA